AUGACGCGUCAGCCUUCACGGAGGGUUUGCUGUACCGAAGGGCUCGCACUCGUGAACAACAGGUUGUUCCAGUUAGCGUGGCAGGUGAAAACGGGAACAAUAUACAACCGCAAAAGUUUGCAAAAGAUAGGCAGCUUCCGCCACCAAAUGACGGACGGGUGGGGCCUGUCAACAUACAACCGAUCGCUGCUGGUUGGCUCCGAUGGCACCUCCAACAUCUACUUCAUCAGCGCUACUUCCUUCAAAACACUACACAAGGUGAAGGUGACGGAUGGCGGCACGCCCAUAGCGUGGAUCAACGAGCUGGAAGUGCGGGGUGGGCGUAUCUAUGCCAACGUGUGGCAGACGGAUUGCAUUGCUGUGAUCGACCCGCUGUCAGGGCGAGUGGCUGCCUGGAUGGACCUGCAACGCCUGCGGGCGCUAGCAGCAGCCAAGGUGAAGGCCAACCAGGAGUUUGACGUGCUGAACGGCAUUGCAUGGGAUGCACAACAGAGACGCCUCUUUGUUACAGGAAAAUACUGGCCUCUGGUGUUCCAGAUCGCCCCCAAGACUAUCACAGGAUCAACUCCUGAUGACGUGGCAGCCAUUCGGCUGAGGUGCCACCCACAGGUCGAAUUUGACGGCCCGAUGGGCUCGCUGCUAUCGAGGCUGCUCGCCAGCCGUCCGAUGGCCGCCGCUGGCCCCACGAUGGUCGUGAAAGACCUCGUUCUGAUCGGCGGAGGUCACAGCCACGUGGUGGUGCUCAAGAGCUUCGCCAUGAAGCCGAUGCCAGGUGUCAGGCUCACAUUGGUCACGAGAGACGUGCACACGCCCUACAGCGGCAUGCUGCCAGGCUUCGUUGCGGGCCACUACACGUACGACGACUGUCACAUCGACCUGCGUCCCUUGGCCCAACUCACCAACGCCCGCCUGCUGCACUGCUGCGCUUCUGGCAUUGACUUGCAUCAGCGCGCUGUGGUGCUGGCAGAUGGGCGUCCUCCUAUCCACUACGACAUACUUUCAAUCGAUAUUGGGAUCACACCAUUGCAAUCAGUGCCAGGCGCGAAAGAGCUCACGCUUCCAGUGAAGCCCAUCGACUCCUUCACUGAACGCUGGGAGGCCCUACGGUCCCGCAUCCUCUCGCUCGCCCCUGUGAGUUGCGCUGUGGGGGGGCAUGGGUUCAAAGGUGUGAAGGUGCUCGAUGCUGCAGUGGUGGCAGUGAGACAUCGAGGAGUGGAGAGCGGUGGGGAGAGGCGCGAUGGGGAGAAAAGGGAUGGGGCGGAAGGGGAGGCUAGCAGGGGAAGCAGCAGUGGGGCGGGUGGAGGGGAAGAAAGAGAGUCUGCUUCGGAAAGGCCGGAAGCACAAGAAGGGGCUCAAGAAGGGCCCACAGUGCAAGGAGGGAUGCUUGUUCUGGACGGAGGAGAGGAGGUGGAGUUUGACGAGUGUGUGUGGUGCACGCAGGGCGGAGCAGCCUCGUGGCUUGGCCAAACGGGCCUAGCGCUAGACAAUAAUGGUUUUAUUCGAGUGGGGGAUACACUGGAGUCGAUCAGCCAUAAAGGGGUGUUCGCAGCAGGGGACAUACACUCGUCCGACGUUUACCCACGGCCCAAGGCGGGCGUGUUUGCAGUGCGGCAGGGCAUGCCUUUGGCUGAAAACUUGAGGAGGGCGCUUCUGGACCAGCCUUUGAAACCCUUCCGACCACAGAAAACCUUUCUGAGCCUCAUCAGCACCGGUGACAAGUACGCAGUCUUCUCUCGAGGCUCUUUGGCUUUUGAAGACAGGCUUAUGUGGACGCUCAAGGACCGCAUUGAUCGAGCCUUCAUGCGGCAGUUCAACCAGCUGCCCGCCAUGCCAUCGCCUCCUCUCCCCACCAUCCCAGUCGCACACGCAGCCGGGCCUGAAGCAUUGCUGGCACUCAAAAGCACGCCCAUGCGUUGUGGGGGGUGCGGCUCCAAGGUCGGCUCGUCCCUUCUCUCCCGCGUCCUCACUCGUCUCGCCGCCCUCCCCAGCCGCCCACCUGGCCGCCCGGAAAUCCUCCUGGGGCUUGACUCACCUGACGACGCCGCUGUGCUAGCGAUUUCACCUGACAGCACGGGCGACAGACAGAACCCAGUCAUAGUUCAGACUGUCGACUUCUUCCGUUCCUUUCUCUCCGAUCCACACACCUUUGGUCGCAUCGCUGCCCUCCAUGCCUUGAGCGACUGCUUUGCGAUGGGUGCUGAUCCUGUCUCUGCGCUCGCUAUAGUCACACUGCCCUAUGGCACAGAGGAGAAGAUGGAGGAGGAGCUUUUCCAGCUCAUGGCAGGGGCCAUCCGCGAAUUGGAUGCUGCCACGUGUCAGCUGGUGGGAGGGCACACAGUGGAGGGCGCUGAGCUGUCGCUGGGGUUUGCUGUCACGGGAUUGGCUGACAGAGACAGGUUUUUGAGAAAGGCGGGCAUGUGUGCAGGAGAUGCAAUCAUCCUCACCAAGCCCAUCGGCACAGGAGUCAUCUUUGCAGCCAACAUGCGAUGCAAGGCCAAGGUGGGACGGCAGGAUGGCAUCUCCGGUCUGAGGCGUAGCCUGGUUUUUUCCGAAGAGGUGCGCCCUUGCCCAGCUCACAAGCAGAUCCAACUCUCAAUAGCUCUCUGGGCGACUUUCCCAGCCCUAGUAGGCCUAGACCUCCCUUAG